GGUGUGAUCUCCUCGGCGGACUCUUUUUCACCUUAGAUAUGGCACUUUGAGUGAUUGGUUUUGCUUUAAAAUAACGUUCAGUCUUGUUUGUAGCGCGCGUAAAGGCGCAGUUUUACGCACGGCUCCCCAACAAGAUGGGAGGACAGUGCAGCGCCGGGACGCGCGCACAUGAUGCCUUUAGCAGUCGGGGCCAGAUGCGGCCCCGCGCAUAACCGUGCGGUGACAGCAUGUCCUCUUGGUCCAAUGUCUCGGAGUGUCUCCCCCUUAAUUGCAGCUGGGAGGAGACGCGCAACUCCACAAGUAGCGGCGACUUUCUCCUGCCUCCUCUCAGCUACUACUCCAUUCCUCUCCUCACGGGCAUCACCGUCGCCUGCACGCUUUUGUUUCUAGUUGGGGUUGCCGGGAACGUCAUGACCAUUUUGGUUGUCAGUAACUACCGGGACAUGCGCACCACCACCAACCUUUACCUGUGCAGCAUGGCGGUGUCUGACCUGCUCAUUUUCCUCUGUAUGCCGCUGGAUCUGUACCGAAUGUGGCGCUACCGACCGUGGCGCUUCGGAGACGCGCUCUGCAAGCUCUUCCUGUUCGUGUCCGAGUCGUGCACGUACUCCACCAUCCUGAGCAUCACUGCUCUGUCAGUGGAGCGCUACAUGGCGAUCUGCUUCCCGCUGCGUGCAAAGGCAAUGGUUACCAAAAGGCGGGUACGCGCAAUCAUCAUGUUGCUUUGGACAGUGUCUCUGCUGAGCGCCGGGCCCGUGUUUGUCAUGGUAGGAGUGGAGCAGGAUAGUGUGGGACAUCCGAGCGCGGAAAUGAACGAGAAUGGCUUCGUCUUGGAGGCUGGGGACACGCGGGAAUGUAAGAUGACGCAUUACGCCUUGGAGUCGGGGCUCAUGGGAGCCAUGGUGUGGCUGAGCUCGGUUUUCUUUUUCAUGCCGGUGUUCUGUCUCACGGUACUCUACAGCCUCAUCAGCCGACGUCUGUGGCAGAGACACAGGGAGACAAACGUCAACUCCCGCGUGGCACACCGGGACAAAAGCAACAGGCAGACCAUCAAGAUGCUGGUGGUGGUAGUCCUCGCUUUUGUCCUGUGUUGGCUGCCGUUCCACGUGGGUCGCUACCUGCAGUUCCGCUCACUGGACGCUCCGUCUCCGCUGCUCUCACUGUUGUCCGAGUACUGCACCCUGGUGUCCGUGGUUCUCUUUUAUCUCAGCGCGGCCAUUAACCCCAUCCUCUACAACACCAUGUCCUGGAAAUACCGCGGCGCAGCGGCGCGCCUCUUUGGCCUGACCGACAGCCAGAAUCCCCGCAGCCGCACGGCCAGCACCGUGAAGGCAGACGGAUCGACCGGCUGGACGGAGUCCACAGCCAGCUUCUAAAACGUGUGUGGAUAUGAACUGUACUGGUCUCACGAAAGCUCAUAAAUCCAAAGGGUUC